GGUUUGGGCCAAAGAAGGCGGUGAUGAAAGCGCCCCUACUAAGGACAAGGAAUUGGGCACCGUCAUCGGUAUUGAUUUGGGAACCACCUACUCUUGUGUGGGUGUGUUCAAGAAUGGGCGGGUGGAAAUUAUUGCCAACGACCAAGGUAACCGGAUCACGCCCUCGUAUGUGGCUUUCACCGCCGAAGGAGAGCGCCUGAUAGGUGAUGCGGCCAAGAAUCAGUUGACCACCAACCCGGAGAACACGGUUUUUGACGCCAAACGGUUGAUUGGAAGAGAAUGGACCGAUACCUCAGUACAACAUGAUCUGAAAUUUUUCCCCUUCAAGCUGGUCGAAAAGAGUUCGAAGCCACACAUUCAAUUGGAUACGGCUGCUGGUCAAAAGAUAUUUUCCUCAGAAGAGAUCUCGGCAAUGGUUUUGACCAAAAUGAAAGAGACCGCCGAAGCUUACUUAGGCAAAAAAGUCACUCAUGCUGUCGUUACGGUGCCUGCGUAUUUUAAUGAUGCUCAAAGGCAAGCCACUAAAGAUGCCGGUACUAUUUCUGGAUUAACAGUUAUGCGAAUCAUAAAUGAGCCAACUGCAGCAGCCAUCGCAUAUGGCAUGGAUAAAAAAGAUGGGGAAAAGAAUGUGUUGGUGUUCGACUUAGGAGGAGGAACUUUCGACGUGUCUCUUUUGACCAUUGACAAUGGUGUCUUCGAGGUAGUGGCCACCAAUGGGGAUACUCAUCUAGGCGGAGAGGAUUUUGAUCAAAGAGUCAUGGAACAUUUUAUCAAGCUGUAUAAGAAAAAGAAGGGCAAGGAUCUCCGCAAAGACAAUCGAGCGGUGCAGAAACUUCGACGAGAAGUAGAAAAAGCAAAAAGAGCGUUAUCCGCAGCCCAUCAAGUCAAAAUUGAGGUGGAAUCAUUGUUUGAUGGAGAGGAUUUGUCUGAAACUCUCACCCGUGCCAAAUUUGAGGAGCUGAACAUGGACCUUUUCCGUUCAACUAUGAAGCCCGUUCAAAAGGUCCUGGAAGAUGCGGAUAUGCAGAAAAAGGACAUCGAUGAAAUUGUUCUAGUAGGGGGCUCUACUCGCAUACCCAAGAUUCAGCAAUUGGUUAAAGAAUUUUUCAAUGGGAAAGAGCCCUCUCGUGGAAUUAAUCCCGAUGAAGCGGUUGCCUAUGGCGCAGCAGUUCAGGCUGGAGUUCUUUCGGGCGAGCAAGAUACUGGCGAGAUUGUUCUUUUGGAUGUAAAUCCACUGACCAUGGGAAUCGAAACUGUUGGAGGUGUUAUGACAAAAUUGAUUGGUCGAAACACUGUUAUUCCUACCAAGAAGUCCCAGAUAUUUUCAACAGCCGCAGACAAUCAAAACACGGUUACUAUCCAAGUUUUUGAAGGAGAAAGACCGAUGACAAAAGACAAUCAUCUUCUUGGCAAAUUCGACCUUACCGGCAUCCCACCUGCCCCUCGUGGUGUCCCGCAAAUUGAGGUUACUUUUGAAAUUGAUGCAAACGGAAUUUUACAAGUCUCGGCCGAAGAUAAAGGCACUGGCAACAAAGAAAAGAUCACCAUUACCAAUGACCAAAAUCGCCUUACUCCUGAAGACAUAGAGCAAAUGAUUCAAGACGCUGAAAAGUUCGCUGAUGAAGAUAAGAAACUGAAGGAACGUGUUGAAGCAAGGAACGAGCUGGAAUCGUAUGCCUAUUCCUUGAAAAACCAGAUAAAUGAUAACGAAAAGUUGGGAUCCAAAUUAAGUGAUGACGAAAAAGAAAAAAUUGAAGAAGCAGUAAACGAAAAGAUAUCUUGGCUUGAAGAAAAUGCUGAAGCAGAUGGCGAAGAUUUCAAAGCUCAAAAGAAAGAACUGGAAGAGACUGUUCAACCCAUCAUUGCAAAGCUCUACCAAGGAACAGGAGGAUCUCCUCCAGAAGAGGGUGAUGAUGAAGAAGUGGACAAAGACGAGCUGUAACUGUUUGAUGAUGCUUUGCUGUUAAUUUUUAAAGAUAUUAAACGAAUUUCCUUGUCCUAA